ACUGUGAAUCUUUUCAGCCCUGUCACACUGCAGCUACAUCUGUGUCUGUAUCCUUCACUCACCUCACCUCCACUGUCUCCUCCUUCACCGCAGAGCAAGAGAAUCGGCCACUUCUUCUUCUGGUAUGUCCGCAGUGAGGUGGCAGGGUGUCUGUACUUCCGCCAGCGCAUGGCUGUGAUUCUGGAGGCCUACCUGCUGGGCUGUGGUCAGGCCAUGCUCGACAGCUUCACCCAGCAGGUCCAGGCUGUGGAGGCCCUGCAGGGGGUUGCAUUAGCGAUUAAAAAACUGUACCCCGACAAGUCCGACCUUCCUCCUACAGCUCCCCUCAAGCUUCAAGAGCUUCUUAGAAACAGUAAUCUACCGAAUGAAUUCCUGGUGCCCUAUGACCCCCGGAUCAGAGCUGGAAGGAUCCUGCUGGACAAAAGCAAGGUGAUGUCCUCCAGGAAGAAGCCACUGUGGCUGGAGUUCUCCCCCAUGCCGUCACCCACCUCUGCUACACCCGUGGGAAUAAUCUUCAAAGAGGGGGACGACCUCAGACAGGACAUGCUGGUCAUUCAGACGCUGGUGCUGAUGGACUCUAUCUGGCAGGGAAAAGCUCUGGACCUUAACCUCGUUCCGUACGGCUGCAUCUCCACAGGACACAACAUAGGUAUGAUUGAGAUUGUGAGGAAUGCAGCGACCAUCGCUGCCAUCCACUGGAGCCAGGGAGGAACGUCAGCAGCCUUCAAGAACGAUGCUCUCUUUGAGUGGCUCAAGUCCAAAUGUCCACUCCAGGAAAUACACUACAAGGCCGUGGAGAGAUUUGUGCACUCCUGUGCUGGUUACUGUGUGGCCACGUAUGUGUUGGGCAUAGGAGAUCGACACAAUGACAACAUCAUGAUCACGGACCGAGGGAACCUGUUUCACAUCGACUUCGGUCACAUCUUGGGCAACAGGAAGUACUUCCUUGGCGUGAGCAGGGAGCGUGUACCAUUCGUCCUCACGCCUGACUUCCUGCAUGUCAUGGGCAGGGGCAAAGGGCGCAACAGCCUCUACUUUCAGCGCUUCAGGCACACUUGCACCCAGACAUACCUCUCCCUGCGCUCGCACUCCCGUCUGCUGGUCACCCUUUUCUCCCUCAUGCUGCUGACGGGCAUCCCUGAGCUGAGUGCUGCAGAGGACAUGCGCUACCUGCGGGAGGCGCUCCAGGAGGAACAGGGUGAGGCAGAGGCCAAGGAGCAUUUCCUCCAGCAAAUCUCUCUGUGUGAGCAGCUGGGCUGGACUGUGCAGGCCAACUGGUGGAUCCACAUGGUGGCAGGCAUCAAGUAGAAACUCUGAAUCGUGCUGCAACAUUUUGUUAUUAUUAAUGUCUAAAUGUAAUAUUGUUUUAUUUUUUGUGGUUGUUCUCAUUGUUUCUUUUUAUGUAUUAUUUCUAAACUCAUGUACUCCCUCACCGCGGCUGUUUUUAUAGACUUUUGGCACAAAAGAUGCUCUUCCACCUUUCUAAACAGGAUGAGUCGACAGCAUGUCAAGAUCAAGUCAGCCAGAAAUCUCACUGGCACCUCAAACACGCCUAUUCUGCAUGUUUGGCUACUGAAAUUA